GCAUGUUGAAUAUUCAAUUUUGCUGAAAUGGAUUAUAAUAUUAUUGAAAUCUAGGCUGCACAAAAUACGCAAAUGUUGCAUUUCUUUUCAAUUUGUCCAAUACAUUUUUAUGAGGUUAGUACCAUUGUGACGUCACGCAGCCGCGGAAUUUUAUAUCAUGGAUUUGAAUCAAUCCAAUAUUGUCGUCCUCGAUGUGGCUCAAGAGGAGUUACACCUAUCUGCAAAGAUGGCUUCCAGGAGUACGCCACACUUCAAGCCCCCGUUGACCAUCAUCAUCCCAUACGGGCUGAAGAGUUGGCUAGAAUGUCUUUGCAGAGCCAUAUUCAUUGAGGGACCAAGGCAGAUACCGGAAUUUAUUGCCGCCUAUUGCGUUGAGCUGCUGGAAUUUAGAGAACGCAAUCCUUUGAUGGAUACCAAGGAUGUUACACAUCUGUACCAGGAGAUACGGGAGGCAAAUUACAUCAAAGACUGGAUAGUAUGCCCAGUGCCACAAGCUGCCAUAGACUGCUGCCUGACUGAGGAGACCCUGUCAGUCAGCCAGAGGACCAAUCCAAGGUCAUUCAAGGUCCCCUCCAGCAAGCCCAUGGGUGAGCCAGAUAAGCAGGUUCAGACUCUGAGCAGUCUCCCUGGAGAAACCCACCAUAGAACCCACCCUGGAGAUGGACCUCAGUCCAGCCCAACCGACCUUGGAGGUCAACCCAGCCCAGCUGUGGAAGAGGAGGCCCAGGCCCGGCCAGGCUCUGCUGUGCAGUCAGUCGUGUUCCAGAGAGCUCCAUCAUUGGACAGUCUACUCGAGGCCAACCACUCUCAAGUCUUGAUCAGCGCUCCAACCGAUGACGUCAUCAUCGCCCACUCUGCGAACCUUCAGGAGACCAUUGUCUUCCGAAGCAAUAGUCGUCCAUAUUCAGAUGUAUCUCCCCGAGGUAGUUUGACUAGGAUUCCUUCGGUUGGUGAGGUUGUUAAGAUCGGGGUAAAUGACACAACCGAGGUGAUGUCUGAUGUGGUGGUGUUCCACCAAGUGCCCUCAGUGGAUAACCUGCCCUGCACGCCAUCUGCCUUGAGUAAUACCUCUUUAGCUGUUGAGGAAACAGUGGAUCAGUUGAUGAGAAGCAGAGAAUUCUUACUGGAGAAUGUGGUGUCUGGCUCGCCGUCCAUUAAGAUGGUGGCUUCAGCUGCAGCUUUGCAGCAGGCAAACACAGAGAAAGUAUCCUCCUCAGAGAUAGUGGGAGUCGGCGCAGCACGGAGAGUGUCCUCAGUCAGGAUACCCAGUAGAGAGGAGAGUGUGGGGAGAACAACAGAGACACCAAAGAGAUACACAUCUCCACAAAUAUCUCUUCUGUCAGCUCAUUCUGCUGAAUAUCUGAAGGCUACAUACAAGCCAUCCACCCCCAGCCUUGCCAGGGUUUAUUCUGCACCUUGUGGUGAGAGAGAGGCAGCAGCAACUAUUUCACCUAAAUCCAGUCUGGCCAGGGUUUCCUCUGUCUCUACUGGUGAGAGAGCAGCAGAACCAGCCUGCAAAGAAGUCUUCUCUAAUGUGGAAGAGACUUACACAUUACCAUCAACAGAGGACCUACUGGUGUCUUCAACUGCUUCAGUUGGUAGAAUUUCACCAGAGGUGUCUGCAAUAUUUUCCAAAAGUGUUUUAUCAGGAAGAGCUUUCUCUGAACCAGAAAUAGUUGGUGCAGCACACAGAGGGUCCUUAGUCAGGAUAACCAGCAGACAGGAGGGUGUGGGGAGAACACCAGAUACUCUGGGAGAUGUGCAUCUCUCUGGUGUAUCUCCAGAAGCAUAUUUUGUGUCAGACUCUCCAGUGAUGUUUGAAGAAGAGGACUGUUGUGUAAUCACCACUCACUCUGCUUCAGUGAAGAAAGCAGUCAAAUUGGCCCACUCAGAAAAUAUCUCUCCUACUACUUCACCCAGCAUAGACCUGGCCUGGGAGGAGCUUCUGCAGACAUCAGCAUCCGACGUGGAUAAAGUAGCCCUCAAGGCUUUCGAGAUUGUGAACCAAAAAUCACAAUGCUUAGGGAUAGAAAUAUCUGAAUUGGCCUCAUCCAACCCUGUGGUUGUGUCUCAGUCUCUUAACACUCUCUCUUAUAAGGAUCUCUCUCACUCGCUUUCAGCUGUGGAGGAAUUCCCUACUGCCUCAGCAAGACGCUCAGAAGGUGACAUCUCUGAAAGAGCUCCCUCUGAAACAGCAGUAGAGGGAGAAGCAAUCUCUGUUAGGGAGAUUACACCAGCAGUGUCUGCAAGGUGUUCUGCCAGUAAUGUAUCAGAAAGAGUUCCCUCUGAAACAGCAGUAGAGGGAGAAGCAAUCUCUGUUAGGGAGAUUACACCAGCAGUGUCUGCAAGGUGUUCUGCCAGUAAUGUAUCAGAAAGAGUUCCCUCUGAAACAGCAGUAGAGGGAGAAGCAAUCUCUGUUGGGGAGAUUACACUAGCAGUGUCUGCAAGGUGUUCUGCCAGUAAUGUAUCAGAAAGAGUUCCCUUUGAAAAAGUAGUUUUGGGAGCAGCAGUACCAUCAUUGGAGGAGCUAUCAGAGUCACCAACUGCACUUGCCUUUGUGGGUGAGGCUUCACCAGCAGUGUCUGCCAAUGAUGUAUUAGAAAGAGCUCCCUCUGAAACUGCAGGAGUGGGAGCAGAGCUACUAGAGAGACACACAACUCCAAAAGUACCUCCACAAACAUCAUUUGUGUCAGCUUAUUCUGAUGGAUUGAUGAAUGCUACAAACUUGUCGCCUCAAUCCAGCCUGGCCAGGAUUCCCUCUGGAUAUAUCAGUGAAGGUGUGUCACCAGCAGUGUCUGCAAUAUGUCCUGCUAGUGACUUGCCAGAAAGAGCUUCCUCUGAAACAGCAGUAAUGGACUCAGCGCCCAGAGUGAUCCACUCUACACCAUCAAUGGAUGAGCUACUGGUUUUACCAACUUCUGUUGAUGGGUUUUCACCAGCAGUGUCUGCAAGAUCUUCAAGAGGUACUUUGUCAAAAGGAGCUCCCUCAGAAACAGCAGUGGAGGGGGUAAGAUAUUCUGAAAGUGGUUUAUCAGGAAGAGCUUUCUCUGAAACAGAACUAGUUGAUGCAGCACAAAGUGUGUCCUCAGUCAGGAUACCCAGUAGAGAGGAGAGUGUGGGGAGAACAGCAGAGACACCAGAGAGACACACAUCUCCCAGAGUUUCUCCACAGACAUUUUCAGAGUCAGCUACAGGCUUGUCAUCUAAGCCAGAGCCCCCUCUGAGUGAUUCUCUAACAGAGUCAGGAUCUUUGGAAGUCAUCUUUAAUAUGGAGGAGACUUAUACAACACCAUCUAUAGGGGAGAUUGUUCCACCAACUCCUGCUGGGGAUGGCAUUUCUGCCUCUACUGGUGAAAGAGCAGCAGAAUCAGCUUCUAGAGAACUGUUGUAUAUGGGUGAGACAUAUAAACCACCAUCAAUAGCAGACCUACCAGGGUCUCCAGCUGCUGUUGGAGGCAUUUCACCAGCAGUGUCUGAUAGAUGUUCACAAAGUGACAUGGCAGAAAAAGCUCCCUCAGAAACAGCAGUAGGCAGUCACACAUCUUCCAGAGUACCUCCUAAAGUUCCUCCACAAACAUCCUGGAGCUUAGCUACAGGCUUGGCAUCUAAGUCCAGUUUGGCCAGGGUUCCCUCUGUGUCUCUCAGUGAUGGUGCAAAAGUACCAGCUCAGAUAGACAAAACACUGUCAAUGGAGGAGCUACUGGCAUCUCCAUUGUACUCUCAGUGGGCAAUGUCACCAGCCGGUUCUGAAAGAGUGUCCUCAGUCAGGAUACCCAGUAGAGAGGAGAGUGUGGGGAGAACAGCAGAGACACCAGAGAGACACACAUCUCCUGGAGCUUCUCCAAGAGUUUCUCCACAAACCUCUCUUGUAUCAGCUCAUGUUGUUAAAUAUCUGUCUGGUACAGACAUUUCUCAACAAUCCAGUCUGCCUAGGAUUCCCUCUGCACCAUCAAUAGACAGAUACACAUCUCCCAGAGUUUCUCAAAGAGUUUCUCCACAAUCCAGUCUGGCCAGGAUUCCCUCUGCACCAUCAAUGGAGGAGCUACUGUUGUCUCCAUCUGCUUCUGUUGGUAGAGUUUCUACAGCAGUUUCAAGACGAUCUUUAAGAAGUAGUUUGUCAGAAAGAGCUUCUUCUGAAACAGUCAUAGGGUAUUCUGAAAGCAUUUUAUCAGGAAGAGCUCUCUCUAAAACAGAACUAGUCGAUACAGCACAGAGAGUGUCCCCAGUCAGGAUACCCAGUAGAGAGGAGAGUGUGGGGAGAACACCAGAGACAUGCACAUCUCCCAGAGAUUCUCCACAAUCCAGUCUGGCCAGGAUUCAAUCUGCACCAUCAAUGGAGGAGCCACUGGUGUCUCAAUCUGCUGCUGUUGGCAGAGUAUCUCCAGCCAGGAGUGGAGUUUCUCUAGUAAUGUCUCUAGGAAUUUCUGCAGCUAAUGUGGUUGGGCCAGUGUGUUUCAAAGAUGUGUCACAGAUUAUGCCGACUAAAACACCAGCGAAUCAGGGUUCGGCCUCCUCCGUCAGGAUACCCAGUAGAGAGCAGAGUGUGGGGAGAACAGCAGAGACACCAGAGAGACACACAUCUCCCAGAGUAUCACCAAGAGCUUCUCCAAGAGUUUUUCCACAAACCUCUCAUACAUCGGCUCACGUUGGUGAAUCUCUGUCUGGUACAAACAUUUCUCCACAAUCCAGUCUGCCUAGGAUUCCCUCUGAACCAUCAAUAGACAGACACACAUUUCCCAAAGUUUCUCAAAGAGUUUCUUCACAAUCCAGUCCCGCCAGGCAUCCCUCUGCACCGUCAAUGGACGAGCUACUGUUGUCUCCAUCUGCUUCUGUUGGUAUAAUUUCACCAGCAGUUUCAAGAACAUCUUCAGAAACAGCUCCUUCUGAAACAGUCAUACGGUAUUUUGAAAGUGAUUUAUCAGGAAGAGCUUUCUCUGAAACAGAACUAGUUGAUGCAGCACAGAGCGUGUCCUCAGUCAGGAUACCCAGUAGAGAGGAGAGUGUGGGGAGAACACCAGAGAAACCAGAGAGACACACAUCUCCCAGAGUUUCUCCUAUAACUUCUGCAAGAGUUUCUCCAAGAUUUUCUCCACAAACAUCUCUUCUAUCAGCUCAAGUUGGUGAAUCUCUGUCUGGUACAGACAUUGCACCACAAUCCAGUCUGCCCGGGAUUCCAUCUGCAGCAUCAAUAGAGGAGCUACUGAUGUGUCUAACUGCUUCUGUUGAAAGAAUUUCACCUGCAGUUUCAAGAUCUUCAAGAAGUAGUUUGUUAGAAAGUGCUUCCUCUGAAAAGGCAACAAUUAAAACAGUAUACAGAGAAGAGAGUGUGGAGAGAACAGCAGAAACAACAGAGAGUCACACAACUCAACAUGUGUCUUUCAGAGCUCCUUUGGGAACAUCUAAGACAAGAGUCCUUUCUGAUGUGGCAGUUUUGUACAGACCAUCCAUUGCUGAAGGCCUUUGUCUUGAGGUCUUGGACAUGGAGUCUGACCAGGUGAAAACACCAAUGAGUGCCAUAGCUCCCUCUCACACUGCAGCAAUGGAAACAGCUCAGGAUACAGUCAGGAUACCCAGUAGAAAGAAGAGUGCAAGGAGAGCAGCAGAAACACAGACAUAUUUUGCAUCAGGAUUAUUGGACAACAGUACACAAGUUUCAGGAACUUCAGUCCGCCUUCAUGAAGAGGUGACUGCCCACCCUACCGAAGUGCAGCAGGGGACCCUGCAACUUGGAGUUUCUCUAGGAGUUUCUCUAGCCAAUAUGGUUGGGCCUCAAAACACACAGUCACAGAGUGUACAGACUGGACCAGAUUAUCAUGGCCCGCCCUCACAUAGCGUUCCUAUUGGAGCAGGACGUGUCACUCCUGAUGCUCAGCCUGCCUUCGAGGAUUUUACCAAUCAGGUCUGGACACUAUACCACUUGGACAAUGAGACGGAGGAGGGCACACUGUCCACUAACACUAUCUCCCAGCCUCCCUUCAAUGGAAGUGCUUUCAUUCGCAACUUUGGGUCUGGACAUGUGUUACUGGCAGAGAGGUCCCCUUCCCCUCAGCAGUCUGACCCCCAGUCCUGGUGUGGCCGACCCAGACAACAGCCCCAGCCACCACCGUUCCCAAUGUACCCAAGAAGGGCCUUCACACCCAGGUCACAGAGGUCAACCCUCCGCCCUCCACCCCAGCAUCCGACUAUCCUCAACCUGGAGAUCAGCAUCCCCAACUACUUCCUGUUCCUCGAUGGCAACCAGGUGUCCCUGAGCCAGAGCGCUCGUAGUGUUCCGGCCUCAAUGUUUUCCAGGUCGAGAUCUGCUGUGGUCAGGAUGGACGACCCCCCGGGGUACCUGUCCUUCUCCGUUCCAAUGGAGAUGGUGAGCGGAGGUUCCGGUCAGGCCCAGUUCCUGCAGGUCAUCAGUGAUGAAGGAAACACUGUUUACUCCCCCGCUCUCAUACACAUUGUCACCUCUGAACCCACAGAGAAAGAGGACCAGGAAGAAUCCGGGAGGUGGCCAACUAGUGCCCCAUUUAAUUGGUAGGGGACUGUUGUCUAGUAUCAA